UCUUAGGUAGCCUAAAUGACCCUCGUGUAAUUGAUAGACUUGAAGCCUCCAUUAACGUUGGCUUGUUGUCUACCUGCAGAUGAUGUCUGCUGUGUCUCUGGUGGUGGUGGUGGUGGGUGCUGUGAUCUCCUGCUGUGCUGCAUCCUAUCUCCCUGUCUCUGGGGGAGCUUCUAUGGGUCUGUCUGAUGUUUUCCUGAGAGAGAUGGUGGCCAGGAUGGGUAAUGGUCUGGUUGACCCUGGCAGGGACUACCUCGAUCUACCAUCACAAGGGUUAGAGGCACCAAUGGCUGAAGGAAUGUCUCCCCGGGCCAUGAAGGACAUAUCAGGACCACAGUUACCCCUAGAUUACGAUGACCUCUCCCUGAGUCCCUCCCUCAGGGACCAGGAGUACCUCUCUCACUCCUCCCUCCUCAGCACUAUCCUCGGCAACUAUGAGGACAAGUCACAGCAUCGUCCCAAACCUAACACCAGUGGUGUGAAAGGUGGCAGUAGCAGCGGCGGCGGCAGCAGCAGUAGUGAUGGUGUUCUUCCAGCUUACUGCAACCCACCCAACCCUUGUCCCAUGGGUUAUACAGCUAGUGACGGUUGUUUAGAAGACUUCGAGAACACAGCAGGGUUCUCACGUGACUACCAGUCACUGCAGGACUGUAUGUGUGACACUGAACACAUGUUUGAGUGUUCAGACUCCACCAGGGACUCUGAGAUCACCGCCCUGGCGCGAUCCAUCCAGAACGAGGGUGUGCUAGACUCCACACUCGACAAGAUCAUGCGUGGACUGGAGGGCGGUCACCAGCUGGUUGCAAAAAAGUUCCAUGCCAAGAAGAACAUUAAUCCCUACCUGAAGGGUGAGAAGCUACCAGUGGCGGCCAAGAAGGGUGGUAUGCUGUAAGGUCAUUCCUCUCAAUGUCACAGUGACCAAGCCAUAGUGGCCAGGUUACUCUAACAAGGUUAUAAUGGACACCUCUCAGUGGACUGGCCAGAGUAAGGCUCAGUGUAGAGAUCACUGUAGCCAGGUCAUAGUGCAGAGGUCACAGUGAUCAGGCCACAAUGUUUAGGUCACAGUGUUGAGAUCACUAUACAGAAGUCAGGGUGGUCAGGUCACAGUGCAAAGGUCAAAGUGGUAAGGACACAGUCGUCAAGUCCUUGUAGCUAUGUCAUAAGGGCCAUGUCUCCUUGGACAUGUGGCAGUAGCUCGGUCACUGUGUCCACGUUACAGUGAAGGGUUCAGAGGUCACACUGACGAGUCACAACACAAACUAGGUCACAGAGGUAAGCCCAAAACAGUAGUCACAACACCCAACUCUAUGUACUACUUCAGUAACGCUCAUUUUGAAUUCUUCAUCAUAUUUCGUGUUUCCAAGUACCAUAAAUCACACAAGAAAUAAUGUUUAUUAGAGAAUACCAUGUACAACCUCACUUUCUGUAAUGGGUAACUAUAACAUAACAAAUGAGUUGAUUUCUGGCAAAACAAAAGCUGAAAGGCUAAGUUACAGAUUAGCUUUUCUAGGGACAAUGUUUAUAUUUAUGUAGAGCUUUAAUAUUAUUUGAUAAAGAUCUACAUAGAGUGAAACGUUGACCAAAUAAGUUUUUUUCUGUAUCUUGUGUCUUUGUCUUCAUAAUUGCCGACGUCCGCCAUGGUAUUGAGGAUAAUCUUUGUCAGAAGGUCAGGGUUUCCGAACCAACAUCAGCAGAAUCGUCUGAAAAAUAUUAAGAAAGAAAUUCGGAAUGAAAGUAUUAAAUACUGAAGGUACACUGUUACUGUCAGAUCAGCGUUGUCAGCUCUAAGAUGGGUCAGUGUUAUGGUUGUAGAGGGUAAUGAAAGACAAACUAACAACAGUGUACUCUCCUGAAGUCCCUCAGAUCGUAAAACAGUUGACACACAACAUGUACACGAUCAAAUAUAAAUAAAAUAACAAGCAUGGGAUUUAAUUCUCUCACUGCUCUCAACACUUUACAGUCUAACUACACUUGUCAGAUCAAUGGUCACUGCACAAAGGUGGUUCACUCUGGAAAGUCAGCUGUCAGAGCAACAUGCUUAGCUCUGACCAGCAGGUAGCUACAUAAUUGUCAGAAAAGUGUUCUCAGCUCCAGGGUGAUUUACCCUACCUAGUAUGUACUUAACCAUAAAUCAUCGUCCUCGGCUCUAGAUUCAUUGACGUUUAAAUCACCAGGUACACAUUUGACUUUAAAUCACAAGGUACACAUUUGACUUUAAAUCACAGGUACACAUUUGACUUUAAAUCACCAGGUACACAUUUGACUUUAAAUCACCAGGUACACAUUUGACUUUAAAUCACCAGGUACACAUUUGACUUUAAAUCACCAGGUACACAUUUGACUUUAAAUCACCAGGUACAACAUUUGACUU